AUGUCUUUCGAAGAUUUUGUCGCCAAUUUUUCAGGGAUAGCUUAUUGCAACUGGAAAGGUGGAAAGGUGUGUGGCAGGAAGAAGCAUGAACACUGGAAAACCACAGUCUCAGACGUAAACCCAGGUUGUUGCAACUGUUCUGGAACGAAUUGGGUGAGAAAUAUUGAGGACGAUCCAAAUUUUUGGCGGAACCAACAGUACUUGAUUGGUGUCAGUGAGGAGGAAUCGAAGGCCAGCCCCGUCUUUGUCAUCUCCCUCAAUCAAAUCUUCCUAGAAGGUCCCGUGGCUGAAGAAAAAAUAUCGACUGUUGAUUUUCAUAUCUACAAAUUAAAAGAUGACAAAGUUCAAGAGAAUCUGACCAGUUUGAACUGGAAGAGUCGGGCGGAGAAAAUUGAUGCUUGGAACGACAGUGACAAAGGUACGACGGAUCGUCAGCUGACGAGGCACGUUAGGUUGGAUUCUGGAAAUUAUGUCCUCAUCCCGUGUACGGAUGAACUGGAAAGUAAUGCAUUGUACGCUUUGACUUACGAGACGGUUCAAACCAUUCAGAACUUCUACAGCCAGAUAAAUGCAUCAGCAGGAGGAAGAGAGGCACACGACCACCUGAACCAAACAAUCAACAAUCUCAACAACCUUAAGUCGAAGUUUGAGAGGUUCGCUGAGGACACCACCGCCACAGUGCAUGUUCGAUACUUGCAGAAUUUGUUUCUAGCAGUCCAUCCAAGAAUGGACCAAUCCAUAAUGAAUUCGAUAAUCUUCCGGUACGGAGGUUCAGACGUGCACAUGAGUUUUGAUGACUUUGUGCAGGCCAUGUACAAGACAGUCUACAGAGUUACUUGA